AUGGAUGAUGCAUUUCAUCGUACACCAUUAUCGGUUGCAAGAUCGCGCCUUAAUAUUUUAAUGAAGAAUAUCGAAUCUGCUAAUGUAGAUGUUGAAGAUAUGGUGGAUGAUAAUGAAAACAUACCUGAAAAUCGGGAAAUUUUUGUGCAGGUUUUACAGAUUAUCAAAAUUUUACGUCAUUAUUUAUCAACAGAAAGUCGAGAGUAUGGUAAUAUUCAAGAUACAAGAAGUAAUGCUAAGAUUAUAGGUUCAGUCGAUACUUCUUCUUUUAGUACUGGAAACGAACCCAUGUUAAUUUCUAAUACAGAAUCAGCAACGAGUGCCAUGGAAGCUUUAGAUGAUUUAACUUCUCAAUUAUCACAAAUGGCCAUUUCAACUUCAAAGUUUGAAAAGUCAAAUAGUGACAGUGCUAUAAAAAGCUCAUCAGCAAAUCAAUAUAUACUACCUGAUUCGAUUGUCUUGAACAAGGUUCAAAAUGUUCUUGAUAACAUACUCAAAUAUCAGACCUAA